CAGCAGCAGCUGUUUUGACUCGACCGACGGAUGCAAGGCAAAAAUUGCCGAUUACUUUGUUGAAUCGUGUAUGCAAACAUUUUAAGUGAUUAUCCGUGCAUUAUAAAGCAAUUACAAACUUCAAAUUACGAUUAGAAUAUGCAUAGUUCAGCUAUAGUACUAUGCCAUAAAUCCCUGACUUCGGGCAAAUCUUGAAUUUGGUCGAUUUACAGGCUUGCGCAAAUGGUAUUGGUGUUUUUCGUGUUUCCCGUACAAAGUUCCGUGUGUGCGAUGCUUCAGUGAACUGUGGUAACCUUUUAGGAGUGUAGAGUGGAUGUUUGAUUUUGAUCCUAUCGGACAAGGUGAAAAACUCCGAAAAAGCCUUAGAUUUUUGCUAUUCUAACUUGUACCAGCAGCCGUAUAAGUGCAAAGUGUACCCUUUUUCUAUUACCAGCGUACAAAGAAACCCAACCGCAAUGCAGAAAGUGAGAAAAUGCAUAAACUAAUUAUGCUCGGGCUGGUGGAACUGCUGCACCGAUUCGGUUAGUAAUGAGACGGCUGUCUGCACAAAAGGAAGAUAUAUAGAGACGGAACAACAUUGUAGAUAACCGAUAAGCGACAUCGUUUCACUAUCUUAAAAGCCAGCACAGAACUCGGCAGAAAGUAUUCUUGGAACUAUACGGAAUGGGAUUUGUCAAAGACCCCUGCGGAAUCGUUUGUGUACUGGUGACCUACUUGGCAGUAAUCUACGCUGACUAUGUGGUGACCCGAUGGAUUAUCCUGCAAACCAUGCAAAACAGCCUCUGGGCCCCUUUUCACGUGGUACUGUUCAAUACGAUUGUUUUCCUGCUGGCCAUGGCCCAUCUGAAGGCAGUAUUGCUCGAUCCCGGUACAGUUCCACUACCGCAGACACGCAUCGAUUUUUCCGAUCUGCACUCGGAGCGAAACUAUAACCGCGAGCACGAAGAGUGGACCGUAUGUACCCGCUGUGAAACGUACCGACCGCCACGCGCUCAUCACUGUCGUAUCUGUAAGCGCUGCAUCCGCCGAAUGGACCAUCACUGCCCUUGGAUCAAUAAUUGCGUCGGUGAACGAAAUCAGAAGUAUUUCCUGCAGUUUCUACUGUACGUGUGCGCCCUGGCAUUGUACUCAAUAUUCCUCAUUAUCGCCUCCUGGGUGUACCCCUGCGAGAACUGCUCAACCACGGUUCCGGAAACGCAGAGCCGUAUGCUGCACAGUGUCCUCCUGCUGCUGGAAUCGGCCCUCUUUGGACUGUUUGUGAUAGCAAUAAUGGUUGACCAGAUGCACGCCAUUCUAUACGACGAAACGGCCGUAGAAGCUGUUCAGCAGAAGGGACCCUACCGAAUGCAUCGACCGAAGAUGACUCUACUGGCUGAGGUUUGCGGCAGGGGUCAUCCGGCAAUGUGGCUGCUGCCGUGUACCAAUCUUAACAGGAAACAUCACGACGUACCUCUUCUUAGUCACGAUGUUUAAGCACUAUGGUAUGUCUCUUAUAUAUCUUUAUUCUUCGUGUGGGUAUUAUGUUCCGAGAUUUUACGACAGUACAUAAUUCUGAUAGGUUUGGCUUUGCUUACCUGCAUCGAGCGGAUAUCAAUGUCUCUCUUGAAUGGAUACUUAAUCGAACUAUGCUACCUGGAGUGCCGGCAUUUGGGGAGUCGUUGAGUGGAAUACAUAAAACCAAAUGUAUGAACGAAGGAAUGUUGGGGAUUUGAAAGUGCUGUGGGGAGCAAUAGUUAUAAGGCUUCCUUUUGAAUUUUAUACAAUAAGUAAAAGGCAAAGUGACUAGACGGUAUACAAAAUUGGACUAUGGUUUAGGUUUGUUUUGAUUAUCUCUGAACGCAGUAGUAGUUUCAUGUUACCGGCUGCUACUGGGAAACUUCACAACAUCAAUGUAGAAAAUAUAAAACUUAGGAGGCAAUGAUAUUUUUUUGCUGUCAAGAAAGUUUAGAAAAUAUUUGUUUGUACUUUGAAUGUUACCUAGAUACAUAAACGUAUUUUGGAAUUUUUACUCUGAUACAAUUUUGGAGAAUGAUUUUUCGGGGAUAUGUAUGGGUAAUUAAAUUUUCUGGUACGGAUUAUCAUGAGUUUAUAAAUCAGUUCUAUUUUGUCUUGUUCGUAUACAGAAAUGUUAUGCAAUUACUCUGUUUCUUAAGUCUUCAAAUGAAACUCGGAGGGUCGACUUGUCGGAAGAAUGUACGCAGUGAAUAAAGAAUAUGUCUACUUCCAAGAAGAGAAUCCAACGCUCCAACCUCUUUCGUUGUUAGCAAGGUUGCCAACACUCCUCAACGUAUAAAAGUUUCCUUCGCACCGAUUGAGUCGCGAUGCUAUUCCAGCUUAACCUUCUCGUGUGGCUUUGUCAAGAUGUCCGCGAUCAACUGGUUUGUUGACAGAUAACGAAGAUCUAUGAUUUAUCGUUGAUGUAGGUCCUCUGUAAACCCAUGCUUGGUGUGUAUGUGUUUGGAUCGACGAUCGAAAUGAUCCGACUUUGUCGUUUUAACGUUCGGGCCUGGCCGGCACCGGUAUUGAUCAAUAAACACUUUAGGAUUACCAGGAGUUGCACAUUGAAAGAUGUUUCGCUGCUCCCAAGAAUAAUUAUCAACUGAUUUCCUGUGCAACUUCAGCUAGUCCAGAUCGAUAACGGAGUAGCAGCCAGUGGUGGUCGCACAAGUGCAAGCUCAAUUCAGCACUGAUUAUCUUCCCACCCGACCAUGGGAUACGAAUUAUCCUUACCGAAAUCGUCGAGUAACUUCCGACAAUGCCACGAAUUCGGCCUCGGUGAACAAUAAAGCGACGAAGUUCUGCUUUUGAUUGGUCCAACUUACUACUCCGCCGCCGAAUUUGAUCACCUGUCCAGAAUUCGACCAUUCUCAAUGUCGGCCCAGUUUGCAUCAACGAAGCCCUCGAGAUCUUCGGUCACCUUACCCAGCUGUAGGCGGUGUCUCUCGGUCGCCUUGAGGUACCUCAGCAUGCGUUUGGUUUCCGCCCAACCACGGUUGAUCGAGUACGAGACCUUCCGGCACAGCAGCGAAGCUCCGACAAAAAUAAUCGCAAAGUACGCUAUCAUGCUUGUUUUGCCCUAAUUCUCCUUUUUGUUAGUGUUUAAUUCUUUUACUGGCUAUAUAACUUGGAAGAAAACUGAAUGCGGGCUACCAUAGUUAGUGUUUCUUAAGAACAAAGUAGUCCAAAGAUUAUAUAGAAGAUAGUUGGAUUGUCUGCAAAAAAAAACAUUGUCAACAUUAAUAUUUGAAGCAUAUUAUGUGUUAUAUGUCGCCAACAUUAAAGCGGCCAGGCCUACUGUGCAGAGUGUUUAAAGAUGUUUCAAAAUUCUACGGCAAUUAAAUUAUUCAUUUAAUGAAUAAUCUAACUAACGAAUCCUUUUGGAUCUUAAAAAAGGAAAGAAACGAGGACAACCGUACCGACCGUUUCAGUUUUAAGGGGAUAUGAUAAAUCGGUGGGAGUGACUUGACUAAGAAGGUUAAUGUCACUCCUUUGGUCCUUUGGGAUGCCCUAGCCAAUAAGCCUAGGUUAAAGUGCCUUUACUCGCUCCAAACUAAUGAGGAAAAUUAAAUAUGGCAAUAUAUUUCGGAAAGAGUCUAAAUGCAGUUGAUCAAUAGUUGUAAAAAGGUUCUGGGAAUCAAUUACAGGUAGUCAGAAUGGCCGCAUGAAAUGUGUAAACCCGUUUUACCCUUCUUCUUCUCAUAUCUAGUGUUUCUAGCAUUUCAUUAACACGAAUAUCACAUUCACUCAAGCAUAAUAUAAAAUCGGUAAUUGUCUAGUUUAGAGACUUUAGUGAUAGAAGUCCGAUUUUAAUGCGGUUUUUGCCAAAAGGGUGUAUUUUAACCCAAAUAAACCAAAUGCGAGAGCGGAAAUAUGAAAUUUUUAGUUUGAUACACUGAACAAUAAAAAGUGAGCUUAUGUAGAGGAACUAGUGUGAUGCGGCUUGGCCGCAUAUCCGAGGACAAGGAUUCGAAGCAGCGCAAAGCCGCUGAGGUUCCAUUGGACGACGCGUUGAUCCACCCGUCGCCGGAGUUACAGUCAAAUCUGUGAUCCUCUCGUUUGCCCGGUUUACUCAAACAUAGGAGCUAUAGCUAGUUUAAAGCCGGACAGUGCAUCAGAAACCAAAAACUGACCAAUGUGGCUACGCCACAUCGCUUUUAGGUAUACCGUCCGACGCCGCUGAGGUUCCGCCACAAAUGUUCUUCAAGUGCAAACUGAUGCAUAUUAUUGUCAAAAUAGAGGAUGCUUCAAUGUUACGAACAAGACACCCCAAUUGCAGGUGGUAAUCUAGAUAGUAGUUUUUUUCUCCAGAAAUUUUUCUAAUAUCAACCAAUUUCUUACCCGGAAAUAAUCCUAUGUUAUAAGAAAUUGUUAGGCAAACAGCUAAGACCGGUACCCCAGCAAGCUGACCAAUAUCCGGUUUGAAACCUCUAAAGAAAACCGAACCAACCAACACACGUUUACCUGAUUUCGCACUUCGACACUCACCUCUCGACAUAUUGCACAAAACAAAGUAGCACAUAAAAACACCCUAUAUUAUUACUAUUAUAGUGUCUAUUCUAGUAGGCGUAGUAACUACAAAUCUCUCACAUUUUUAUGACCGUGAGCUUAUAUGUUUUAAGUUGUUGAUUAAUUUUAAGUGUCGUUCGGUUGUACAUAUUUUUUAUACAUACUUUUCAUUCAAAAGGGAUCGGGAUUCGAGUUUAAGUUUUGGUGGGUGUUUUUUUUUUCGAUUGAUAACAGCUUUGACCAGAUUCGCGAAUUUACGUAUAUAUUAAACACAACACAGACGGUGAUAAAUCAUGAAUUAAGCAAUAGGAAACAAAAAAUGUAUUAAUUAAAAUUAGCUUUUGUAUAUAUUUUAUGAGUAGCCAAUCAAAGAAAUGUGCAUUUUAGGACCCAACCACCGGCUACAACAGCAGUUCUGACUUAUAUUAACACAAUUAUGUUUAAGAAUAUGUCGGUCAUCGUAAUUAAAUUAAAAAAUAUUCAUGCUAUCACCCACAACAAGAGACAAGAAAUGUCCAUGAGAAUGGUUGAAACAUGAUUGUAGACACUCGGUCGCCAUUUAUAAAAUAUAUGGCCGGGUACGACGGAAAGAAAAAAAAAACGUUUGGAAACUUAAAAUAGCAACAACUUGAGUGUUAUAAUCAGCAUGAUAAACAUAAGUGUAGAGUUCCAAGUCUUUAUAUCUAAUAAUAAAACGAUCGAGUCUGAGUAUUUGAAAAGAAAUUGCAAAUAGAAAAGAGAUCUAGCAUAACAGGCCAAGAUUGAAUGGACACAUCUUUUUUAUAUUUAUAACGCAAAGAUAGCAUUAAUAAACAUACUCAUAUAAUAAUGCGUACUACAACCGCAUGCACUGUCCUAUGCAGCGAUCUAAGAAAGUCCCCGUUUAUUGAAACAGUGAAAAUGUGAAAGAGAUGUGCUAUAACUUGUAACAA